AUGGACGAAAAGAAUGGACGUCUUGAAGAGCAAAACGGGCGGGCGAUAUGGGGCCGCUCCCCUUUUAUGUGCCCCGGACAUUGCUCUCCGCAGAUCUUUGAUGGAGCAGACCGAGGAGCUGGCAGCGGCACUCCACAUGUGAAGCCAGCGCAGGUUGACCCUCGCGGAGCCGCCCUGAGUGGUUCCCUGGGCCUCAGGGACCAGCUCAGGCUAUUGUUCCGUUUCAGCCAAUGCGAGCCUAGCAGGGCUGCAGCUAGCGGGUUGGGAGCGAAUGAUAGGAGUGGGAAAUUGCGACGCAUCGUGCUGGGUAUAGCGAGCACCUGCCAGUCCACUAAAUCUCGUCGCGACCAUGGACGGACCCGCUCCCUUGACUCGUUGAUCCCGGCCCAAGCGGGCGCAUUUCUUUGGGCCAGACCCGACAGAGAAGCGACUUCUCAGUCGAUCUUACGGGGCGAGGUCAUCUUCUUGCCUGUGCACAGCCAAGUCCGCUUGCCUGGAACCUCUGCAGGCGUCCGGCAGAGUGCAGUCUCUGCUGUUUGUUGCGGGGAGCAGUUGCCCGCGGGGCAAUCCCAAUACCGUGGGGCGGAAAAAGACAUCCCUUAA